AUGACACUGGACAAAAAACAAGAUGAGCCCUUGACUCCCACUGCUUUCGGUGUCGGCCAGGUCAAUGAAAGCUCUCAUGAUGCCGUCUUCGGUACAAUUACGGAGGACGGCCCGAACUAUCGCAGUGUGGGUUGGCUAGGCACAGCCGUGCUGAUGAUGAAAACCCAAAUAGGCCUCGGUGUCCUCUCUAUCCCAGUGGCCUUCGAUGCCCUAGGUGUAGUUCCCGGUGUUAUCUGCUUGUGUGCCAUCGCUGCAAUUACAACAUGGUCCGACUAUAUUAUUGGCGUCUUCAAGCUUAGACAUCGAGAGGUGUACGGUAUUGACGAUGUCGGCGAGCUUCUUCUUGGCAAGCCUGGUCGAAUCGUCCUUGGAGGUGCUUUUGUUCUCUGGUGGAUCUUCGUCGCCGGCUCUGGUAUGCUCGGUGUCUCCAUCGGUCUCAACGCAGUCUCCUCCCACGCCACUUGCACGGCCGUCUAUGUUGCCGUUGCCGCCAUCCUCGGAUUUCUGUUCGGCACUAACCGUCUUAUUGUUCUCAUCGUGACGGUCGCCGUCGGUAUCCAAGAUCGCCCUUCCGCCGCCCCAAAAGACGCUGUCUGGGUCCCCGAUUACAAGAUUGUGAAGAGCGAUGUAUCAUUCACCGACGCUAUCACCGCCAUCUCAACACUCGUGUUUGCUUUUGCCGGCACUCCAGCAUUCUUUUCUAUCGCAUCUGAGAUGCGCGACCCUCGCCAUUACAACCGAUCCCUGAUCAUUUGCCAAUCCGUUGUCACUGGAUACUACCUCGCGAUCGGCAUCGUUAUCUACUAUUUCUGCGGAUCAUACGUCUCGUCUCCUGCCCUCGGGUCGGCUGGUCCGACUAUCAAGAUUGUCAGCUAUGGCUUCGCGCUUCCUGGGUUGAUCGUCAGCACACUACUUUUUGUCCACAUCACGGCGAAGUAUAUUUUUGUCCGCAUCCUCGGUAACUCCCGGCAUUUGGUAGCCAAUACUGUUAUUCACUGGGCCGUCUGGCUUGGCUGUACCUUGGGUACUACGAUAAUUGCCUAUAUCAUCGCCAGCGCUAUUCCCGUAUUUAGCGACCUUGUCUCACUUGUCGGUGCCUUGCUUGGUACGCCCAUGUGCUUUCAACCGAUGGCCGGUAUGUGGCUGUACGACAACUGGGGCAAGGGCAAGAACAACAGAACCACUAAAUGGGUCAUCAUGGUUGCAUGGUGUGCCUUUAUUAUAGCAGCUGGAACAUUUUUGAUGAUUGGGGGAACUUAUGGGUCCGUUGUUACCAUCAUUAACACGUACAAGGAGUCUGGGGGUUCGGCUGCCUGGUCUUGCGCUGACAACUCAAGCUCGUAG